ACUGUACGUACAACAUCUAAUUGAUCAUAUGGAAAAUAAUUUAGUGUCAAGCUGGUGCAAAAAUGUUAAAACUUUGCCUGAAAGUUACAUAUUCCCAGAAGAUCAAAGACCUGGAGAACCUAUUGUUCCUUUAAGUGGUAGCAGUAGUCCAAUUAUAGACUUGACUACUCAUGAACAUGACCAAGCUCAACAAAUAAUUAAAGCCAGCCAGGAUUUUGGGUAUUUUCAGGUGAUCAACCAUGGGAUUUCAGAAACAUUAUUGGAAGAGACUGUAGAUGUGUUGAAAGAAUUUUUUAACAUGCCAGCAAAAGAGAAAGCAAAGUACUACUCAGUUGACCCAAAUAGCAAAUGCAAACUCUACACAAGCACUACUAAUUAUUCCUAUGAAGAUAAACACUAUUGGAGAGAUGCUUUAGCACAUCAUUGUCAUCCUCUCCAACAUUACUUGCCUUUUUGGCCAGAAAAACCAACUCGUUAUCGAGAAGUGAUUAGUGCGUAUUCAAUUGAAACAAGGAAGCUAAUCACAAAGAUUUCAGAUGUGAUUAGUGAAGGAUUAGGACUUGAAAAGGGGUAUUUUGGAGGUGAAUUAAGCAAAGUUCAAAUGCUAUUAGUGAACUAUUAUCCUCCAUGUCCUGACCCAAAUUUGGCCCUUGGAAUGCAUAGCCAUUGUGACCCAAAUUUGUUUACAAUUUUGCUUCAAGACAAUGUUCAUGGCUUACAAAUCUUCAAGGAUGGAAAAUGGAUUGCUGUUGAACCUAUUCCUAAUGCAUUUGUGGUCAUCAUUGGUUGUCAAUUACAGAUUAUCAGUAACAAUAAGCUAAAAAGUGUGAUUCAUCGAGCAGUGACAAAUUCAAAAGAAACUCGAAUUUGUGUUGGUAAUUUUGUGAUUCCUUCUUCAGAUUGUCACAUUGAACCUGCAAGUGAUUUGGUUAAAAACACAACAAAUAUUCCAGCAUACAAGCCUUAUCAGUACAAAGAGUUCUUGCACACCUAUGCAAUAAACCAUGGAGAUUUCGAAGCUGUACUUCAGUCUUACAAGCUCUAAUUAAGCUUAAUUAUGUGUGUGUGUGUGACUAUAUAUAUCGUUUAAUUUGCAAUAAAAUAUAUUUCUACACUAUGUAUAUGUUACUCUUGCUUAUAUAUAUGAUUAUUAUUAUUAUGUUUUAUAUAUUGGACAGCCAA